UCAAUUCAUUUUUUUGCUGGCAGUCGGGCGACGACAAAAAAACAUAAAUUAACUACAACAAUACCACGCAAACAUCCACCAUCUUACAUUUUCCCUGAGCCCAGAAGGAGAAGGAGACGGGAGAACGAAGAGCUGGGAAUGGAGGCACACUAGCAUGUGCCCCUCUCACGAACCCCCAGCUUGUUUCAAAGUCCUGCUUCGACGGGGUCUUCACACGUCAUACGCAUCUCGACCCAAACAAACCGGGCCAAUCCGGAGUCGCCGUUGAUGUUUCCCAGUGGGCUCCCAUCCCUCCAUCGUCUACCCAAUCACCAAUCCCGCAACCCGGCCCCAGCCCCGGCAAAUGCUACCGAACCCCAGUCCGUCUGCGCUCCUUGUGACGUUUACCUACUUUCACUUCCCACCAAUGGCGCCGGCGCUGCCGCGAAAUGUGCUAUGUCUUGCAAUCAAAUCACACACUCGCAUAUCUUAAAACAUGUGUCCGGUUCUGUUCUUUUUCUUUGCCCCGCGGCGAAUCAAUUCAAUUCGCAAUCCCCCCUUCCAGUCCCCCUCCUAUCUUCCUUCCCAUGUAGGAAGUUCCGCAAGUCAACAAGCUACGCUCCGGAAAAGCAGCUGGGGGGCAGGCGAUCUGCUUUUUUUUUCUUUUUUGCGGACCAAGGUAUCUUUUCCUCUUGCUCCCGUUUACGUGCGCGUGCAGCGUGCAUCGUGCAGCUUGCAGCACGGGGGGCCGAGGGGGGGGGACAAGGGGGGAAAACAAAAAAAAAAAAAAUAGAGGAAAGGAGGGGAACGUUCCUCGAGUCGGCGACUAUACCACCACAACUCUUUUACAGAUACAUACCUGGCCCCUUGCAGCUGCCGGUCCUGUUUCUGUAUAGGCAUUACCCACUCCGAAAUUCCCUCUUCUGCUGGCACGUGGGGGGCCAUACUACUAUUAAAUUCGCUUCGCUUCUCUUCGCUUCCCCUGUUUUGACGCUGCGCGGGGGGAGCUUUUCGGAUGGCCUUUUCCGGUUGCCGUGAUAUCUUGUUCCGUUUCGCAUAAAUUGAAAUGAGUGGAUGUAUCGAUACCCCCCUUUUUUAUUUUUUUUAUUUCUUCAUCCUCUCAUGUCUUGGCGCGCUUCGGUGGUAAAUUUCUAUCG